AUGAAUCUACCCUACAAAUGGCCCACAAGCCAAAAAGGGACCCACCGGUCCUCCUCCCCCCUGGGGAGCUCGCUGGCCAGCACCGCACAGGGCCCACCAGUCCUCCUCUCCCCUGGGGAGCUCGCUGGCCAGCAACGCACAGGACCCACCGGUCCUCCUCCCCCCUGGGGAGCUCGCUGGCCAGCACCGCAUAGGACCCACCGGUCCUCCUCCCCCCUGGGGGGCUCGCUGGCCAGCACCGCACAGGACCCACCGGUCCUCCUCCCCACUGGGGAUCUCGCUGGCCAGCACCGCAUAGGACCCACCGGUCCUCCUCCCCCCUGGGGAGCUCGCUGGCCAGCACCGCACAGGACCCACCGGCCCUCCUCCCCCCUGGGGAGCUCGCUGGCCAGCACCGCACAGGACCCACCGGUCCUCCUCCCCCCUGGGGAGCUCGCUGGCCAGCACCGCACAGGACCCACCGGUCCUCCUCCCCCCUGGGGAGCUCGCUGGCCAGCACCGCACAGGACCCACCGGUCCUUCUCCCCCCUGGGGAGCUCGCUGGCCAGCACCGCACAGGAGCGCAUGGGGUUGUGCCAAUUGUUUGCCGCAGUCUUUCUUCGCCGAUGGUCUCUCAUGGCGACCCAAAGCUAUGAUUUCGCCAACCUGCUGGUGCCGACUGCCGCUGGACGAGCCCCUGGUUAUUGCACGCAACUGGCGAUGUCGUAG